AUGGACACAAAUGAGGACCAAAACAGCAGCACCAGCACAACCAACACCGCCACCACCAAUGGAAACCCUCAGACUAGCAGAACCUCCCGGCCGCCGCAGAUAGCCCACAUGUCUCUCUAUGAGCGGCAGGCCGUACAAGCUCUCCAAGCAUUGCAGAGACAACCCAACGCAGCUCAGUACUUCCAGCAACUCAUGCUUCAACAGCAGAUUAACAAUGCUCAGCUGCAUAACUUGGCAGCUGUGCAACAGGCAACACUUGCAGCAAGUCGCCAGUCAAACACCCCAAGCAGCAGUAUCUCACAGGCGACCACCACUGUGAAUCUUAGCACCACGUCAGCAGGGGGAACCGCGACCACCCCUCGUCCCCACGGGCCGGCCACCUCCGCGACAUCUACCACGCUCAACCAGUCAGUGUUGUUGGGCGGCAGCUCGCCAGGACAGGGGCAGAUGUACCUCCGGGUGAACCGUUCUCUCAGGGCGCCACUGGCCUCUCAGCUCAUCUUCAUGCCAGGUGGCACAGCAACAGCUACUGUGGCCACAGUGGCUCAAACCCAGCAGCAGCAGACUGAAGCUCCUACCUCAGCCAACGCUCAAUCCGACAGUGAUCAGGUGCAGAAUCUAGCCUUACACUGCGGGUCCACUCCCAGAGCGGUCGCCGUCAAAUCCGAGCUCCCUGACAGGAAAGAGUCCAGCAGCUUUCCCCAAGUUCAACCCCAACAACAAGCAGGCAAAUCAUCGGCCACCACCAUGGCUGGCAAAGGCGGCAACCAACCCGCGAUGAGCGCUGCUCCGCCCGCCGCCUCGGUAGCCCCCUCCGCAACCUCCUCUCCGGCACUCCCGCUUUCCCAGCUUCUCCUGUCACCCUCUGCUGCCCCCGUAAUCCUGGUGCCCACCUCCAACGUGCCUACCUCCACCCAGGGUUACUCCCUCGGCUCGGUCGCCCCCAAGGCUAACGUUAACACUCAGACUCUCGUGGUGCAGCCGCUCCAGCAGGCCGGCGCCGACAAAGGCCCCGUGCCCAUCCAGCCCAAAACGGCACAGGGACACCGCUUACCUGUGCAGGUGUCCCCCCGUCAACCGCUGCCCAUUCUCCCUGCGCCGGCCAGCAACACAACCCACAACCCGCCACACAUUCCCGUGCAGCUAGUGGGAGCCAGACAGUGCGUGGCAGGUAGCGUGCAAGCCGUUGCUCUAGCACAAGUGCGAAACGUCACCACCCAGGACAACGUCAACGCUGCGCUGCAUAACUCUUCUACGACUGUGAAUAAGUCUGCCAACGGCUCCCUGAAGAGGAAGUCUGACUCCGAUGCGCCGAACGACACCAACGCGGGAUCGUCCGAAUCGACUUCGAUGAAAGAAGCUGCUCCUAAUUUGACUCCGGCGCCGACAAAGGAGUCAGCUCCUCCUUCCGCGGCAUCCUUCUCGCUGCCGCCCGCCUUGUCCUUGCCGCUAUCGAGAGGAAGCCACGGCGACAAAGAGCGGGCGCCACUCCCUCAGGCGGUGGUCAAACCUCAAGUCCUAACACACCUCAUCGAGGGCUUUGUCAUCCAGGAGGGAGCAGAGCCUUUCCCUGUGGCUGGACUACUUAAAGAUCGAGACUUUGCCUUGGGCGCCCGUGCAGAAAACGGUCCACCUUUGUUGAAAUGCGAGUAUUGCUUAAGCCUGGCGCCAGCAAGCCAGUUCAGAGGAACCAAGAGAUUCUGUUCCAACACUUGUGCUAAAAGGUACAACGUAAGCUGCAGUCAACACUACAAGUCGAGUAGAAGAAAUGGCGGCGGGACGCCAGCGCCGCCUCCACCUCAACCUGUGGUUGAGAACGCCGUAAGGCGCCGCGGACCAACUCGACGAAGCACCGUUACCAACGGUGGGAAGUUGUCUGGACAGCACCUUAAUGUUAAGUGCCACUCGGACUCCAGCCGCUCAGAGGACGCGUCCAGCGACGAAGAAGAAGAACAGGAUACGCCUUCACUUUCUCCCAGCUCAUCGCAUUCCAGAGGCGAUCUUAACAACGCGCCCCAAUCUGACGCCUCGGCUCCGGGGAGCCUCCCCAUGGAGACGGGCGGCUUCCUGUCAGCCACUCCCGCCCAGUGGAGCGUGGAAGAAGUGUGCAGGUUCAUCUCGUCACUUCAAGGUUGUGAGGAACUUGCAGCUCACUUUCUGUCCCAGGAAAUCGACGGGCAAGCUCUUCUGCUCCUACGCGAGGAUCAUCUCAUCUCCACUAUGAACAUCAAAUUGGGUCCUGCUCUCAAGAUUUGCGCCUCUAUUAACAGUCUGCGCGAGUGA